GUUUUGUGUUUUGUGCAUUAUCUUUCUAAGAAAUGACACGAAUGAUACAAUUAUCAACGAUCAGAUAAAUUUGAAUGUAUGUGACCACCAUACAGUGUGAUAAGUUUAUAAGUUAUACAUGUUGUUUGAUUGUCUGUCAGUCAUUGAGUGUCAGUACAGAGACGGACCACAACUGCAGUAUGUCCAACAGUACAGACCAUCAUAGUAGCCGCUAGCACAAAGAUUCGGUGAUUUGUCCAUGAACCAGGUAAAUGAUAACAUGGCUGUAUAAUAGAAAGAUAUAUUUACUUAGAUUUACCUCUUGCUGAAUAUGAUUGUCGGAUUAAUGUAGAAACUAAUAAAUAAAAUGUUUAACUUUUUAAAUAUAAAUACAAAUGCGAUACACAUUUUCGAUAUUUAGAUGCCAUUAAAUUAAGUGAUUUUUGUGUAUCGAAAUGAAGAGCCAAGCCACACUCAAGUUUAUUUGAAGUAAUUAUUCAAAUCAGUAAAAUAUAAUAUGAUCUUCAGUGGCGUUGCCUUAUUCCUUUCGCCAAACGAUAACCAAUCGCCCAUACCGUAAAUAGAGUUUGUCAUUUCUAAGACAGGAGUACAUCAAAUCACCUUACGUAAUGUUACUAUUUUUAGACAAGGUCUUCGUAAAGUGGCUGAUUAUAUUAUAAGGCAUUUUAGAAUAUAUUUAGCGUUAACAAUAUUUUGGGUAAAAUAUUUAGUAAAAAAAAUUUGUCAACUAGUUUUCGACUAAGUUGAGACUAAAAAACUGGUAAUUGAACUGGACCCGAACUGAACACACCGAACUCUGAUGAGGAUCGAACCCGAACCAAACCGAAUCCCGCUGAAGACGGAGCUCGAGCCUAGCCCGAACUUCAAGGUCGCUGAGUGCGAACCAAAACGAACCUUCCAUCGCAAACUUAUUCGAACGGACACUGAGUAACUCUUCCCCGUCGGAAACCUUUCCCACAUCGACUUGAUGAUGUCUCAAUGUCUGACAAAUUAAACAACAACACGAUGUGGGCUGACUCUUGUUUCGUCCAUUGCAAUAAAACUUUAUCAAAAUAAACAAAAUUCGAUAUAUGUCGGGCUAUUUAUUUAUAAUUUGAAGAAUACCAAAAUGGUGUUAACAGUUGACAACAGCAAUGUAUUAUACGAGAUAUUAAAUUCUGUAAGAGAAACCUUAGCAAGCACUCUAUGUUGAAAUGAUUGAUACUAAUAAGCUUUCGAAUUGUCCUUUAAAUAAACAUUUACAUAAAAACCAAUAAAAAGGUGUGUUCCCUUAUUUUCGUUCUAUUUUAGUGACAUGCUUUAUUUAGAGUUAUAUAAAUCCCGGUGUACAAUAUGGCUGCUAAAGAAAAAGUAUGUUCUUAUUUUUUUAAAUUAUUUCUAUCAAACUAUUAGACUCUAUGUUUAUAAUAUAUGUAAAGUAUAUUUUUUUUGUUUCAAUUAAAACCAAAUUAAUGUCAAAUUAUUGACAUCGCCGAACAGCAGUGGUUGCCGAACAAAACCCCAGCUUGAGAUGUAAAUGAACCCCAAAUAAACCCUCUGACGACCGAACCCGAACCAAAGAAAACCCUGCGGACGACCGAACCCGAACCAAAGAAAACCCUGCGGACGACCGAACCCGAACCAAAGAAAACCCUGCGGACGACCGAACCCGAACCAAAGAAAACCCCGCGGACGACCGAACCCGAACCAAAGAAAACCCUGCGGACGACCGAACCCGAACCAAAGAAAACCCUGCGGAAGACCGAACCCGAACCGAAGCAAACCCUGCGGACGACCGAACCAAACCCGAAUUUCUAAAAGAGGGUUCACUUUGAAUCCCUAUAUAUAGUUAAGAUCAACUACGCUAAUUCAAAUUAACAUAGCAGCUUUUUGAUAGAGUGGCCAACGGAUUACCCGGAUGUGUUAUUAAUAUAUUUCCGCCUUUUAAAAAAAUUAGCCAAACUGAAUGUGGGGAUGUUCUGUUAAUAGACUUUCGUCAUUAAAUGACUAACCCUAUACUUAAGUGAUGGUAGACUGUUUAAACUUGUCGAUGAAUGCCCAGAUGGCUUGUUCUGAGAAACCAGUUGUGAAGAAAACCUCGAUUGCCUUCCGUUGAUGUGACCUUUUGUCUGCAGAUGGCCCCCAAGCAUAUCUUCAUACUGACUCCAAAUAUCGAAAAAUGAAUCUUGAUACUGGCUCCAAAUGUGCAACAGGCGUAUCUUGAUACUGACUCCAUAUGUCCAACAAGGUUAUCUUCAUUCUGACUCCAAAUGUCCAACAAGGUUAUCUUCAUUCUGACUUCAAAUGUCCAACAGGCGUAUCUUUAUACUGACUCCAAAUGUUAAACAAGCGAAUCUUGAUACAGAGUCCAAAUGUCCAACAAAGGUAUCUUCAUACUGACUCCAAAUAUCCAACAAGCGUAUCUUGAUACUGACUGCAAAUGUCCAACUAGCGUAUCUUGAUACUGAAUCCAAAUGUCCAACAAGAUUAUCGUCAUACUGACUCCAAAUAUCCAACAAGCGUAUCUUGAUACUGACUCCAUAUGUCCAACAAGGUUAUUUUCAUUCUGACUCCAAAUGUCCAACAAGUGUAUCUUGAUACCGACUCCAAAUGUCCAACAGGCGUAUCUUGAUACUGACUCCAUAUGUCCAACAAGGUUAUCUUCAUUCUGAAUCCAAAUGUCCAACAGGCGUAUCUUUAUACUGACUCCAAAUGUUAAACAAGCGAAUCUUGAUACAUACUCCAAAUGUCCAACAAAGGUAUCUUCAUACUGACUCCAAAUGUCCAACAAGCGUAUCUUGAUACUGAAUCCAAAUGUCCAACAAGGUUAUCGUCAUACUGACUCCAAAUAUCCAACAAGCGUAUCUUGAUACUGACUCCAUAUGUCCAACAAGGUUAUUUUCAUUCUGACUCCAAAUGUCCAAAAGGCGUAUCUUUAUACUGACUCCAAAUGUUAAACAAGCGAAUCUUGAUACAGACUGCAAAUGUCCAACAAAGGUAUCUUCAUACUGACUCCAAAUGUCCAACAAACGUAUCUUGAUACUGACUGCAAAUGUCCAACUAGCGUAUCUUGAUACUGAAUCCAAAUGUCCAACAAGGUUAUCGUCAUACUGACUCCAAAUAUCCAACAAGCGUAUCUUGAUACUGACUCCAAAUGUCCAAUAAACGUAUCUUGAUAUAGACCCCAAUGUCCAACAACUGUAUCGUCAUACUGAAUCCAACCAAAAGGUCCAAUGUAGGCACUGGCAGUCGAUGAACGUUUUCUAGAAACGUAUAUUAUUUUUGAAUACCUGUCGAUGAAAUGUCAUCAACGAUCAGUCAGUCUACGAAGGUUCUUUGUCCACAAAGUUCUGUCGAUGAAAUAGCAUGAAACCACUAACCGUCCCACAUAUCAGUUAAUGAUGUGUUUGGUUUUAUUAUUGUGCUCCUUUAUUUUUGAUUGAAAGCUUCGCUCGAUUAUAACUAAAACAAAAAAAAAAAAAUAUUCCCGAAAAUAAAGGCUUAAGAUGAUUAUAGGGUUAUGUUGAAAAGGUAAAAAGCGAGCAUAAUACGGUGUUUAUGUCUUAAUGAUAUCAAAGUGUAGUUAUCUCCAUUGUGUUCCUGUAUUGUAACGCAAUUAGCAUGUAGUUUUGGGGAACUGUGGCUUGUAUUUAUUAGCUUGUGGCUACCAGCUUGUAGUCACUAGCUUGUGACUACCAGCUUAAAGUUACUAGCUUGUGGCUACCAGCUUGAAAAUACUAGUGUUAUAGAGAGCUUGCUAACAUAUUUUUUCUCGUGCGUGCCCUAUGAUUGACCCCGCAUGAGACGCUGUGUUCACAAAGAGGUGUGGCUUAGGCCUUUGAUGUAUUCGUGUUUAUGCCGCCAGCUACAAAAAUAAUUAAUAUGUUCCAAGUAGUAUUUUGUAGAAUGAAUCUGAUUGUUCUAGAAAUGCCAUGUAGCUUAUCGAAGGCAGGGCUUAGGCGUCGGUAGACCCACCUAUAUAAGGGAUUGACAGGCACGGACGGGGGGGGGGGCGGAGAUUUCAGAUAGAUUUUUCUUAACAUUACGAGGCGUGUUUUAUUCUUUGUGUAUUUGUGUGCUCAUAUGUGUUUAUUUCGCAUUAUUUAUUGGCACAUUACCCUAACUGUGUUAACUGUGUACCGGUACAAGAUCUACCAUACUGUAAGUUGAAGAUUGUAAUUAUAUUUUUCUUUUGUUUUGUAAUUAUCUUAAGACUUAAUAAUUCUUAUUAAUUGUAACUAGAAACUGUUUUGGGUCGUAUCUUUAAUAUUGUUGAUUCUAUGGUAUCGCCCUUUGUUAGGCACUGCUUACAACGAGCCAAUUAAAAUUAAAAUAGGAGAUUAAUUUCUCCCAAUACAAGUCAGUGCGUAACAACUAGCUUGUAGCAACUAGCUUGUAGCUACUAGCUUGUAGUUACUAGCUUGUAGCUACUAGCUUGUAGUUACUAGCUUGUGGCUACCAGCUUGAAGUUACUAGCUUUUGGCUACCAGCUUGAAGUUACUAGCUUGUGACUACCAGCUUAUAAAGCUACUAGCUUGUGGCUACCACCUUGAAAAUACUAGCUUGUAGCUACUCACUUGUGGCUACUAGCUUGUAGUUACGAGUGUGUUGCUACUAUAUAGCUUAUAGUUACUAGCUUGCUGUUGCUAACUUUUGGCUCAUACCUUUAAGUUACUAGCUUGUAGUUACUAGUUUGUAAUUACGUGCGUGUAGCUACAACCUUGCAUAUACUAGGUAGCAGUUACUAGCUUGUAGUUACUAGUUUGUAAUUACUUGCGUGUAGCUACAACCUUGUAUAUACUAGGUAGCAGUUACUAGCUUGUAGUUACUAGUUUGUAAUUACUUGCGUGUAGCUACAACCUUGUAUAUACUAGGUAGCAGUUACUAGCUUGUAGUUACGGUAUUUACUACCAUUGAAGUAAAAUAGUGUUAUAUAUGUGAAUUAUCAAAUAACUUAUAGAUUUUAUGGUAUAUCAUUAACAAUUUACGGAUACACUCUGCCUGAUGAGAUAUCUAUUAAACGUAAAAGUGCUGCAACUUUAAACCUUCUCUGAAAUAACGGCAGCUGCUACGUGUCUUAGCUUUAUGGACUAAUUAAAAUUGAAAUAAAAAUCCAAUUUUUCUAAUAAAUUAGUAAAAAAAUUUAAUGUACUAGUUAAUUUUACAUGCACAUUCAUUAAAAUUGCUAAGACUUUGGAAUAAUCUUGGGAGGUGUUUGGUAGAUGUUUAAUUUUGUGUUGUUGUUGUUGAGCCUUCUCGUCCAUGAGGGCCAUCCACCGAUCAUCGUCGGCGUCUGCGGUUCCUCCAAGGGCAUAGGCCACCUACGAGAGACCUCCAGGCAUCUCUAUCCUGGGCCAGCUUCUCCAGGAUCUUCCAUUCAUGGCCAAUUUUCUUGAUGUCUGUCUCCAAUUCUCGGCGCCAAGUGUUUCUUACCUUUGGAUAUUUUUGUCGUAUCUUCCUUGGAAUGGGUGUAGUUUAAAACAUGGAUUAUAUAACGUUUGAUAUGAUUAAGUUUAUAUAAGUAAAUAUUAUCUAUCUGUAUAACGUUAAGUUUGAAUAUCUACUUUUGGUCUUUCUUUCUUUCCAGAAUCAAUUCUCGGAAGAGAUUAAACAUCAUGGAUUUUCUGGUGUUCUUAGAAGAAGCCAAGAAAUAUGACCUAGAGACUGAACAACUGCUGUCCGUCUGGGAGGGUCAGUCAAAAGUAGCUUACCUAAAUUCAGCUGUCAGAGUGUUAGAACUGGAUAAUCAAUCAAGUCAGGUAAUCCACCUAAACUUCUAAUUCUGAGAAAUGAAAGAGUGGUCUUCUUCCAUUUUUAAAUGUAAAAUUAUUUAAAUUUAACAUUCUUUGCCAAACUGGCCAAUGAUUUGUUAAAAUAUAUCUUUACACAAUUGUUUGGUUUGUCUGCAGGCAGCGGGAAGAAAUGUUAGAGAAAACCUACACAUGUGUUCAUCUCUAGAACUUCAGCGAACGACAGAUGAGGGCCAAGAAAAGGAAGCAGAGACAACAACUAAAGGUCCUCAAAACCAAAUAAUGGAACUAAUGAAAGAAGGGUUCUCAAAGCAGAAUAAGUUUAUAUCGGAGCAAUUCGAAAAACUGCAGAUUCAAAGCUCUAGAGAAAUGUUAGAAAUUCAAUCGGGGAUAAUCAAGAUCAACGAAGAGCAUCAAAGACGUCUGACCCAGUCUGACCAACAGCUACAGCUCAGCAUGACUGAGUUCAGCAGUUUUUGCUUAAAGCAAUUUGAAAAAAUAGAAUCUAAGUUGAAUACUAUGGACGAUCAAAAUGAUAAAAAAAUCGAUCGUAUUAAAGACGAGUUCCAAGAUCUUGAUGCUCGGAUGAAGUCGUUGUUGUUAAAAUGCACUGAUGAACACAGGGUAUGUCAGCAAGAAUCGAACCUAACGUUGGGCAACCAGAUACAGCAGCUUUCUCAAACUGUCUGGGAUUUGCGGGAACAUUUCCGAACUGUGGCUGCAGGAAAAAGACUCGGUGACGAAGAAAUGUGUAAUCUAAAAAACGAUAUCAUACAACGAAUACAAGGAACUCGGCUGAAAAUUCCUUCCGCGACGAGUGAGGUAAUGCAAGAUGUAGUAGAAGAUAGGAAGGUUGCAGACACUAGGAAAGAAACCAUGAUGUUUGGAUCACAUCAAGACGAUCGCAGUGAAGAAACUGAAUUAAAAAAAUGUUGCUUUGCCCAACAGGAUGACGCGGCACGUGGCGUAGCUGACGUCAGCGGUGGCGGUGGCAUGGAAAAUCGCACAUACCAAAGUGGUGUAUGGGUCAAUCCAGGUCCACUGCGAUCAAAUCUAAGAGAUGUAUUGGUCCACCCAGGUCUACUAAGAUCAAAUCAAAGUGAUGUAUUGGUCCACCCAGGUCCAAUGAGUUUAAAUCAAAUAGAUUUAUUAUUCCAACCAGGUCCACUGAGUUCAAAUCAAAGAGAUUCAUUGGUCCACCCAGGUCAACUAAGUUCAAAUCAAAGUGAUGUAUUGGUCAAACCAGGUCCAAUGAGUUCAGAUCAAAGUGAUGUAUUGGUCAACCCAGGUCCACUGAGCUCAGAUCAAAGUGAUGUAUUUGUCAACCCAGGUCCAAUGAGUUCAGAUCAAAAUGAUGUAUUGGUCAACCCAGGUCCACUGAGCUCAGAUCAAAGUGAUGUAUUGGUCAACCCAGGUCCACUGAGCUCAAAUCAAAGUGAUGUAUUGGUCAACCCAGGUCCACUGAGCUCAGAUCAAAGUGAUGUAUUGGUCAACCCAGGUCCACUGAGUUCAGAUCAAAGUGAUGUAUUGGUCAACUCAGGUCCACUGAGCUCAGAUCAAAAUGAUGUAUUGGUCAACCCAGGUCCACUGAGCUCAGAUCAAAGUGAUGUCAUUGCCAGCCCAGGUCCACUGAGCUCAGAUCAAAUUGAUGUAAUUGCUAACCCAGGUCCACUGUGCUCAGAUCAAAAUGAUGUAUUGGUCAACCCAGGUCCACUGAGCUCAGAUCAAAGUGAUGUAUUGGUCAACCCAGGUCCACUGAGCUCAGAUCAAAGUGAUGUCAUUGCUAACCCAGGUCCACUGAGCUCAGAUCAAAGUGAUGUCAUUGCCAACCCAGGUCCACUGAGCUCAGAUCAAAGUGAUGUCAUUGCCAACCCAGGUCCACUGAGCUCAGAUCAAAGUGAUGUCAUUGCCAACCCAGGUCCACUGAGCUCAGAUCAAAGUGAUGUAAUUGCUAACCCAGGUCCACUGUGUUCAGAUCAAAGUGAUGUAUUGGUCAACCCAGGUCCACUGAGUUCAGAUCAAAGUGAUGUAUUGGUCAAACCCAGUCCACUGAAUUCAGAUCAAAGUGAUGCAUUGUUCAAACCAGGUCCACUGAGCUCAGAUCAAAGUGAUGUCAUUGCCAACCCAGGUCCACUGAGCUCAGAUCGAAGUGAUGCAUUGGCCAACCCAGGUCCACUGAGUUCAGAUCAAAGUGAUGCAUUGACCAAUACAUUGCCAGAUCAAAGUGAUGUAUUGGUCAACCCAGGUCCACUGAGUUCAGCUCAAACACAGCAGGGAACAGUAGAUAAGGCAGAGAAAGUUAUACCAACAACACCCAUUGCGAAAGAAGAAGAGCUUUUGAAUCCACAGAACAACACUGUAACCAAACAAGCUUCGAAUGAAGCAACACAGAUGAACAAUUCUACGGUGAAAACUCUGAGUGCAACUAAGCGGCCCAGUGGUGCUACAACGAUAAAUUCAAUUGAUUCACAACGACCAACAGCUUCCAAAUGCAUGAACCUGAAUAUGAAAGACUAUCCCAAAUGUAAUGCUAGAACUGAACGCAACAAUGAUUUUUCUCCUGGUAAAUAUAAAAUGCCCACUGCCCUAUCUUCCCCGAGGACAAAAUAUAGUCAAACAAAAAAGCCAGCUUUAUGUGGACAACAAGGUGGAAUUUCCAUUGUCCAAUUGACUGAUCUGAUGACUGAGCCAGUGGUACACAAUAAGCGCGCGCACCAGCACUUGAUCAAUAAAGUAAAGUUGCCUGAUUUAAACUAUUUCCCAGAAAAAGGAGCCGAGUUCUGUAUAAAUGGGGCUUGUGAUUUCGUCUCAAAUAAAUCUUGGUUUUAUACAGAUUAUUUAUACACGCAGCCGAAGACAACCAAAGUCCGACUGAAGAUUGCGUUCAGUGAUGAAGACCGCAUCCAGGUGAGACUCUGUGUCUCCCGGUGUCCUCAAGAGGUGGAUUGCCGUUGGCCUGUGUAUUUUAUCGGUGCUGGAAAAAUUUGCAACCACGAGUCCAAAAAAUACACACAGCUUUGGAAGUUUGAGCUACAAGAGUGUGGCAGGCCGGAACCCGGAGCUGAGCUGGAGCUGAAUGCGACUGUCUGUCUGCUGACAAGCUGGGCACAUUUCAAGAAUGUCCGCUACAGUGAACUGACAACCCGGAAGUACGAGUCAGAUGACCAGUUCAGAUUUCUCUGGACAUUAACUGCUCACUAAAUCACAAUAUAUUGUAUUCUCGUGUAUUAGAUUUUUUAAAGGCUAUUGUUGUUCUCUUCCUUUAUUCUAUCCUCAACCCCCCUUUAUAUCCACGACUGUCUUUCUACCCUCGACCCUCUUUCUAUUCCCGACUGUCUUUCUACCCUCAACCCUCUUUAUAUUUCAAUUAAUGUUUAUGAAUAUUUACUGACACGAAUUAAAUUAAACUCCGGUGUUUAAAAGAGAGCACCAUGAAUGGCGUAAUGCUUACAAUGGCUAAAGUGAUAAUGAGUGAGUGUGGUCGUUUUUCCAUAAUUUAGCAUCGGCAAGGGGUCAGCAGCACCCUGCUCCUGAAUAGAUGAGGCUUUGUAUGUACUCUUUUUAUGAACAACUUAUAUAUAUAAUGACAUUUGAAUCAUUUUUUUCGUUUCUGCGACUCCAAAAAUAUUCCCUUUGCAGAUAUAAUUGUUAAAAAUGGCUUAAGGGUCGUUCGCAAAUUAGGUCGCGUUAAAAUGACUUUAUUAGACCCCCACCUCCCCCCCCCGGUCACAAGUUCUUUACCCCC